UUGUCCUUGUCCUUGUCCUUGUCCUUGUCCUUUACUUUCUCCUUCCAGUCUACAGUUUACUGAACAUUUCCCUCAAUAUAUUAUAAUAUUAUAAUUUCCGCCAGAAAUGAUGAAGAGACUUUAUAAAGCUGUCAAAGAACAGAACAUGUUCAAAUCCAAGCACAUCGCUGGGGAGUACUUCGUUGCACUUAACCGUAGAUUUGUCCUCUUGCUGAUACAUGCUGAUCGCAUGGGUCUCUUCAGAGGAGUUGGCAAAAACAGAAGUGAAGAUGCGAUGCAUUUGCACAGAAUCAAAAGAGAACUCGAAGAUCAAGUCAAUAAAGCUCAAAAAGCCAUUAAUUUCAUCUUGGAAAACUUUAACGACCUCCGUAUAAGCGAUGGUUUGCUUGAUGAACCGUUCGUAAAACUUGGAGUUCAAACCGUUAAAGUGUUUACCAAAGCGUUCAAGCAAGCGAUAAAGGUUGGCAGAGCGAACGUAYUGUACUAUACCGACAUGAUAACCGACAUCGUACGAUUGGCUUUGGUUGAGAAAAAACAUGAAGCAGCCAUUCAGAGAGCUGGUGCUGGCGUCCUGUCCGGGAUGCGUAGAGACAGCAAGACUGUUCUUGAGAUCCAGCGUUGGUAUGCCCGUCAGAAAUGCUUUGGACCAGAAGAGGACGAAGCAGAGCUGAAAGAGAGCUCGAAAAUUGAGGAAAAACCUAAUGAUGCUUGAAUUAAGGGCUUUUACAUGGCAUGGUACUGGAUACAUGACGAUGACGAUGACUACAACUAUUAAUUUUGUAAAACUAAAUAAAAAACUCUAGCUUGAAGCAUGUUCCCAAAGCAGUUCAAUUUUGAGAACAAAAAGAUCGAUAGAAUUUUACUCUAGUGAAAAUAUAAAACUAUCUUUUCUAUCUAGGAGAUGACGAAAAGCUAAAUGGUGCGGAAAAGAUUUUCCUAAAUGAGCAUCUAACAUCUGAAAGAAAGAAGCUGUAUGCAGAAGUGAGGAAGCGAGCAAAGCAAUAUAAAUGGGCCAGCUUUCAAACUAGGGAUGGAAAGAUUUUCGUUAAAAAAGAAAAAGGUGGUAA